AUGCAUUGUGAUCAAUCACCUAUCACGAUUCUACGUAGAAGAACGGCAUAUCAUGGAAAGUUCUCGAAUAUGACUGUGGUUGAUUUCCUGAAACGGUCCGGAGCACCUGGUGUAUGGGAAUUCAUGGAAUCAAUCACGCCCAAGAAUCCCGAUGGUAUUGAUGGAGUUCAUGUGAUAGCCCGAUUGAGGAGUCAGGGCCAAUUUUACUUCGUCUUCACUAAACAGUACAGAUUCCCUUCGAAUAGUUGGACGCUCGAAUUUCCUGGAGGUAUCCAAGAGGCAGAUGAAAGUUCAACAGAGGCUGGACUUCGUGAGCUUAGAGAGGAAACUGGAUAUACCGCAGCGAGGACUUUAUUCAGGUAA